UUCGUCGGAAUUACUCUGAAAAGAAAACCCAAAAGGCAGGAUUUCCUAUCCCCCAGUCGAGGUUUGGCCUACAUUAUAUCGGCUUUCCUAGUUGGUGGCCAGUUCAGCAGCUGAUAUUUAAUAUUGCUUAGUAUUUGAUAUAAAAGCAUGCUUGGUGGCACGCACGUAUAGUUAGUUGUACGCUGCAGAAAGCUGUUUAUGGUGGCCUGACCGGGAGAGUGUCUCAGCUCAGAACAAACAUUGGCUGAUGUCUGUCUCGAGUCACCCAAGCGUGGAGAGUACAUCUUCAGGUAAAUCGUGCACCGGUAGACGACACAUAGGGUGAAGAUGGUCCGCUGGUUUGCCCGACAAGGGCACUUUGACUUAGUGAGGAGUCUUGACAAUAAACAUCGAAAAGUUCCAUGGGAGACUGAUGUGAAAUCGCAUAAUUUUCGACAGAAGGAGUGUAGUCGUUUUGUACCACAACCAGAGCAGAGGGACAAUGUAAAAAUAAAGGACGUCAGGUGUUUCUGCGGAGAGGUGCUUUCGGAACAUGCUGGCUUUAAAGCGGGAAACGUCGACUAUGACGCUGUUAUCAGACAACUGGUUCCCGAAGAGUUGCAAAAAGAAUUUUCUAAGAGCAAAUGGGAUCAUAAAGCAAGCGCUCUAACACUUGCCAACAACACUGUUCCGUGGGAAGAGACUUUCGAGUCAAAAGAAACAAAUGCCUGUGGCAAAGUUUAUUUUACUAGCAUAGGAGAUACCAAACCAGCCAAAUUUAUUCGUGUUUCGGACGAAGACAAGGUGGAAGAUGUCUGGAACUUCUUGAAAACGACAUGGCGACUGAUGAGCCCGGCCCCCGACCUGAUCAUUUCUGUCGUCGGCGGCGCCAAAAACUUCCGACUGGAAGGACUUGCCAGAGACAAGUUUAAGAAUGGUCUUCUCAAGAUCGCAGAGACCACUCAACCAAUGUUCAUCACGUCAGGGUUUAACGUGGGCGUGAUGAAAGCUAUUGGUCAGAUCAUCAAGCAAGGGCAAUCGUACAGUAUAAAGGAUAACAAAGCCGUGCACAACAUCCGUUGUUUGGCCAUCGCUCCCUGGGGCUUCGUAAAAAACAGACGCUGUUUAGAAAAGCGUACCUUUGAGGCCACCUACGCUAACUGCAAAGGGCUCCCUGGUAGUUUCGAACCGCUCCCCCUAAACCCUUACCACACCCAUUUUGUUCUGGUGGACAAUGGUUACAGAAAUCGUUUCACUCAGACAGGAAAUAUAGCAGAAUACCGUGCUGAGCUUGAAAUGGAGAUGAACAAGGAAAGCCACGUUGUUUUGGUGGUUGUGGAGGGUGGCACGGGCGUCUUGUCUGACAUUCUCUGCUCGUUGAACAGGGAUAUACCGGUGGUCAUCUGUAAUGGGACGGGCCGAGCCUCGAACCUAAUGGCUUACGCUAUCUCCAGAUGUGAUGAGAGGGGACAGUUAUCGGAACAUCACCAUGACAAAGUAAAGCGCUGGCUCAUGAACCUGUACGGUAACACCUGGAGUGAUGAGAAGGAACGAAAUGUGGAAGUGGAGAAACUCAAAAACACUGUGUGUAGCUGUUUAGAGCAAAAAGACAAAAUAAAGGUUUUUGACAUCAACGAGGAUCAGGGCCUGGAUUUUUAUGUUUUGUCGGCUCUUUUUCACCAAAAGAGUGAUAACUCCAGGGAUAAUGGAACACUCGAUCGGAAUGGAAGACGAGAACUCCAGCGUCGUGAGAAGAGACUUGAUCUGGCCAUCUCUUUGAACCGACCAGAUUUGGCGGAAGUGGAACUGUUCACUGAAAGCGAUUACUGGCCUUCUGACAUUUUGUACAAAAAGCUUGAGACUUGCAUCAUUGAGGACUUGGGUGGAUUUGUGCGCCUGCUAAUACAACAGGAAGAUGUCGACAUGGAAACCUUUUUGACCUAUCAACGGUUAGAAAGAAUUUAUCAUGAGUCAAUUACCAAAGACACUCUGCUAUACAAGCUGGUCGGCCGGAAGACGAAACGGGACCGGCCGGUGGAAGAAGUCACUCUCCAGGACAUAGGCAAGGUCAUCCGGGGACUUCUGGACACGUACGACAAGACGGUGUAUGGGACCAAGGAAUUUAUUCCGACGACCCCAGUGAAGGAUCCUUACCUUCAGCUAUUCAUUUGGGCUGUGCUAAACGAGAGGAAAAUCUUAGCUAAACUGUUCUGGGAGUUCGUGGACACCCCAGUUGCCACGGCAUUGUUGGGAAGUUGGUUGUACUUUAAGAUGAGCAAUAAACUUGGAGCGGGCGAUCAGGAAUGGGCCGCAGAUCUGCUACAAGAAAAAGAGACCAUGGAAAAGUUGGCUGUGCAUACUCUCAGCGAGCUACACGCCCGUUACCCCAAGCAAGCUUUUCACUGUUUGGAGAGAGACAAACCCCUGUGGGGGAACAUUACCAGCCUUCAAAUUGCCUCCGCCGCAGAUGCCAAGCUCUUCUUGGGCAGUCCUACGUGCCAGAAGAGUUUGCGAUCGGAGUGGUUAGGCGACGUCAAGAUGCAACUGUGGCAGAUCUUUCUCUGCCUGCCCCUGGCUGUAGUCCUUCCCUUUUUGGUCGGCGUAUGGGGGAGAUUCAAGGAACCUACCAAGAGAAAAUCCUGGACGAAGAAAAUAGCCGAGUUCUUCUGCUCACCAAGAGUGAAAUUCAUUAAUUAUGUCGUUUCGUACAUAAUCUUCCUCGUGCUGUUCACCUACCUCAUCUUAUUCGAAGUGAAUGAGAAGGUUUGCGUACUGGAGUGGAUAUGCGCUGUCUGGGCAUUCUCCAUCUUGCUGGACGAGUGCCACCGUAUAAUCUGCGUGCCGGUCUUGUCUAAGAGGAGCUUAUUUCGCCUCUGGCGCGGCGGCCUCUACUGGUUCUACCUGCUGAGUGUGUUAAUGGUACUUGUUGGUGUGUUUAUCCAUGCCUUCACAACAAAGAUCCAGCUAGCCAGGAACAUUUUUGCCGUCAACUGUGUCUUCUUCUACCUGAGAAUACUCCGCUUCUACACCGCCAGCGAACACUUAGGACCGAAGCUUCACAUUAUCAAAUCCACGCUUCGCCCCCUGUUUUUCUUCGGCCUGAUCACCCUGGUGUUUCUCUUUGCCUACGGAGUGCCCUCUCAGGCGUUGAUGUACGAAAAAAGACGGCCGUAUUGGGGAGUGCUGUACGACAUUGUUUACGUACCGUACUGGCAAAUCUACGGGGAGUUACAGCUGGAAAACAUAGAGACAGCUGAUGAAGACUGUCUCAGCGCACAACGCGCCCAUAACAUUUCGGACCCGUCCUCCUGUCGUCAGUUCUCCAGAAUGGUGCCUUUGAUGUUGGCAAUCUACUUAUUCUUCGCUAACGUUCUUCUUCUCAACCUUAUCAUCGCCAUCUUCACGAAAAUAUUUGAAACAGUGGAAAGUAACAGCAUAAUAAUCUGGAAGUAUCAGAUGUAUUUUUUCAUCAAGGAAUACCGAGUGAAGUCCAUUCUACCCACACCAAUCAGCUUACUAGAGGAUACAUUCCGCAUCGCUAAACAUUUAUUCCAUUGCUGCUGCCGGAUGUGCAUCACACAGCCCAAGGAACUCCGUACUGAGGAAGAGAUGCAUUUACGAUGGGUAGAGCGUCAGGUGACCGACCGGUAUAUACGGAAAGCGAAGGAACUGGAAGACCUGGCGAAAAAUAAACAUCUGUAUGCUAUCCAGAAAAGUAUUGAUAGUCUUCGUUCCAACUUGAUCGGUGACCUCGGUAUACUGGGAAGGAUGCCAAAAGUAGGAGUGGCGGGAGUCAUGGAUUCGGUCCAGCCUACUCCCAAAAUGGCCCGAGCCAGUGAUAGGUGGGGUAGCUUACUGCACAACCACUACACGCUGACUAAAGCCAAGCAGUUGCUGGCCGUGGAGUACAGGCCUGAUGGCGGCCGGAUGUCGGCUCAGGACAGAGACGAGAACUCUGACGACAAGGACACUGUGGAUGGCUUGGCAUACAGUGACGCGGAGUUUGAAUCGGACAGCUGUUGAUUCAGAGAGUUGUUGUGGUUGAUUCAAACGGUUGUCGCUGUUGAUUCGGACAGUAGUUGUUGAUUCGGACAGUAGCUGAAUCAGACAGUUGUAGAAUCUGAUUGCUGUUGUUAGGUACAAUUAAUGAACCAGACAGUGAUGGAAUUGAUCAGAUAUCAAAUGGAAGAGUUCUUGUUGUUGAUUAAGACGGUGGUUGUUGAAUCCGACAGUUCUUCAGUCGAAGAGUUCUUGAAUCAGAAGAUUUUUAAAUCUGGUAGUUGUUGAAAGAGACAGUUGUUAAGUGAAUGGGAUACUUGAACGCGCUUCUUGUUCAGUUAGGCAAUUGAAUGGCGUUUAAUAGGAAACUUGUUGUUGAACAGGACACUUGUUAUUGAAUAGGACAUUUGUUGUUGAAUAUGACACUUGUUGUUGAAUCGGGCACUUGUUGAAUUGGACAGUUGUUGCUGGAUUAGACAUUUGUCGAAUAGGACAGAUUGAAGUCGUUGAAGUGGACAGUCUUUGAUGAACUGGGCAGUUGUUGAAUGGGAGAUUUGCAUAAUAGGCACUUCUUGAAUCGUGAUACAAUAUUACACUCUUCCAAUGGGCUUAAAAACGGCCCAAAACGACUCGGCACUAACUGUGAGCUAUUUUGCUCCUUUCAGUAGAAGACAUAGCUUCUGUAACGCUUUGCUCAUAUUGAAAGCAAAGAGGUAGAUCAUGAACAGUGCAGCCUAACAGCAGAGAAUAACCACACUGCUUAGAGAUGACUUAGAGGUGUAUAGUCUGGAGACGGUGCCCAUGAGUCCAUGGAGGGAUCGGCCAAUCAUCUGGCAUCAGAUCCCUUCUUAUUUUCCAUAAGCUAUAGUGUUAACGUUUAGUGCUGUAACUCAGCCCUAAACAUUCCGUAACCAGUAAGCAUUGGCGUCUACCUUUCCCAGCGUGAGAGAAAGCAGCCACAAAAAUUUGACACAGGUUGACUGUCAAGACCUGCUUCUUUCUGUGCCAGCAGCUAUCAGUGCCUGCCAAGGCCAGGGGGUGCGUCACUCACAGCCUCGUGCCAGUCGUGUUUAUGUACUCAUUUAAAGCCUACUCGUGUGAUAUUUUACAUAUUUGAAGUGAUGCUUAAUGAUGAAAAUAGUAUUUUUAAAAAUUUUGUUACAUUAGGCUAUCGUUUACACAUUACGCCUCAAUAUUUAAUACAGCGACCUGCGGAUGGUCGUGGGUUUCCCCCUGGGCUCUGUCCGGUUUCCUCCCACUAUAAUGCUGGCCGCCGUCGUAUAAAGUGGAAUAUUCUUGAGUAGGGCGUAAAACACCAAUCAAAUCAAAAUCAAUGUUUAGUGUAUCCAGUGUUCAUUGUGUAUAAAGUGUUAGUUGAUGUCCAUCGGUGAAAUCGCCUUUCAUUUCACAUUGUAUAGUUGUAUGAUUGCUAGCAUAAAUAUGAUGCCACUUUAAGGAAAGGGCCUUAUUACUUGUUUUGGCCUUUUCCAGCGCCAAAAGGUCAGUUCAUGUUUACCAGACACAACUAGUUAGCUGCCUUGUCGCCAAAAAGUUCAUCUAUUGCUGUUUUAGACGAAGUGAAGUGACGUAAAUAUAUAGCUGAGACUGUGCAAGGCGCGAAUUUGGAUCAUGCAAGGUGCGAGUUUGGAUCUAGAACGUUUUGUUCUAGGUUUUGUUAAAUGUAUGAGUUUUCUCAUUACUCACACCUGACAAUACCAUAAAGCAGAAUUGUUGGCCAUAAGAAAACGUGUCACAUAUUGUAGGAUACGAUUUCAUAAAGUACAUGAAACUCUAUCGUAAGUCACAAAGAUCUAUCAUAAAUCACUAUGCACUCUUAAAUGACGUCAUAAGGGAAUCUAACCAUAACUCAAAAUGGGCAUCAUAAAUCAUGUAACACAAGGAAAUCUGAACAUAUGUCACAUGAAGCUUGUAUCAUAAAUCCACAAGUGACUAUCAUAAAUCACAAGGAACUCUUAUCAUAAAUCACAAGUGACUCUAUCAUAAAUCACAAGGAACUCUUAUCAUAAAUCAUAAGUGACUUAUGAAUCACAAAAGACUUUGAUCAUAAAUCACAAGUGACAUAAAUCACAAAGAACUUUGAUCAUAAAACCCAGGUGACAUCAUAAAUCACAAGGGACUUGAUCAUAAAUCACAAGGGACUUUGAACAUAAAUCACAAGGGAUUCUUAUCACGUAUAAAUACCACAAGGACUUGAAUCACAAGAAAUUCAGAUGGUGGAUCCCAAGAAACUUCUAUUACCGAUUAAUUCAUUCACAGCCUUGCUUUACAGCUCUUUACAUGUACCUUUAAAGUAAAAAUACAUGAAAAAAAUCAUUAUUUUUCUGUUGAAGCUAUCAUAUUAUUAUUGAAGAGAUAUGGCAGUACACUAUAAUUGUCAUCGUAGCGGUACCGUGAUAUAUGUACUACGAAGCACAAUGAAUAUAGUGAUACCAAACUGAACGUCUCUGAACACAAAGUAACUUUACAUUUGGAACGUUAUAAAACUUUCCUGAAAUUAUAUAUUGAAGUUUGUUUGGUACGAAAUAUCACCAAACUUAAUAUCUUCCUUUGCUCUUCUUUACUUUUUAAUUAUGAUUUUUAUACUUUUUGUACUAAACUUGUAUUUUGUUUUCUCUAUCAGAUUUUGAGGUCAGUUUGACAAAUAUAGUUUUCCAGACAACGGUAAGUGAUUGACACCCUGAUAAAAUAAUCAAAUCAUACGGCCAGGACUAAUAAGAAUCCUUGCAUUAAUGUUUAGUGCCUAGAGAGAUCCUAAAGAUUGAUUAUAUAUAACGUUUAACUGUAUAGCGUUUUUUUAGCAUGUUGUUUUUACAUGAUACAUGAUUCCAUAUAUAUUUUUGUAUCGCUGUCUGCGUUUUACCUUGACAUUCAUCAUUCAUGAAAUGAUGCUCAGAGGGUGCCGAGAGUGGUUGCCCUUGUCUUGCAUGCCGUUUUUAUAGCUGUUUUAUUGAACACUGUUUUUACUGGCUUCAGAUACAGUGUUUUAUUGACUUAUGUAUAAUAUACUUGGGAUUUGCAGUACAGUGGCUUUGUUGAUUUGCGGUACAAUGAUUGUGGUACAGAGUAUUUGCUCAUUUGUGGUAUAUUUUUGGACACUGACAGUAUUGUUUUAUGUAACACGAUUAAACCAACAUGCUGUCAAGGUUUAUGAUGUCAUUGUUACGGAAGUGUAGCGUAAAAAGGACAGGCCUAACAAUUUGUUUAGGCUUGUCAAAAAAUAAUCGGGAUUAUGUCUAACUGGAGAUAUCCAAGGCAAGGAUUACUGCUUUUGCUUAUUGUUUUUGAGAUUAUAUUCCCGGUGUAUCCCUCUAAAUCUCUAGUUAACUGCUGACUCAUUCAUAUUGUUUAUAAAUACGAUAGGAAAAAAUCUUUUAAAGAAAUUCCUGCCUCAUUCUGCCAAGUACAUAUGCAAAUAAAUUGUCUCUGUUUUG